AAUAUUCACUGUUUGCUAGCUUUGUUCAUUAGCUAAUUCUUAAUUUGUUGUAAGGCAUGUGUAAAUGGAAUAUUAAGCAUAGAAGGAAAAGCGAUAAUUAUCGCAAGCAAACAUAUAUAGUAGCACCCAUGUGAUGAUGAAGGAAACAUGUCAAAGACUCCAAUGGCAUAUAUUUUGUUCACACUUGUUUUCUAAUCCAAAGAUGCCUCUCUUCAUCCAUUUCACACCCCAAAUUUCAUCAUUUGUUUAUCUUUACUUUUCAAUUCCCAAUUCGGUUUGACUUUGUUGCAUCUUCAGGGUUCCUCCUAACUUAGCUUGUUAUAAAGCUAGCCAAUGCCUCAACCUUAAGUUGAGUCGUCCUUAGCUUCCUUCUUGGCCUCAUCCGCCCCAGACUAGCUCGAAGCUGUUUCAGCUUAGCUGCUGAGAUCACCAUCUCAUCUGGGUCCCCUCUUGUACAGCCUGUUAAUUUCAAUUUGGUCAACUAACAAAGCCAUCAGGCUUCCACGAAAGACCAAGGCUCAAGAUCCCGUCAUUCCAGGAACCUUAUCACCUCUCUUCUUUUCUGUAUAAAUACUGUGCCUUCUAUGUUCAAAAUCUCUUCUCCUGGAAAAUUUUAUUGUAUUGGACGUAUAGAUACAAAUUAAAAACAACUGCCAAAAAUCAGAAAUGGGGAAUUGUAUUAGACACGAUAAAUCAUCUUGGGCUGAUGACGACUGGGAGUCUUUCGUGUCAACUAACAGGCAAGGAGAUGAUGGUGAGAUUAACAGUGUGGAGAAGGAGAAGUUGCUUGGUGGAAAUAGAGAUGCAAAUACCAGGGAGGUGAAGAUAACCAUUUCAAAGAAGGAGCUAGAGGAACUGGCACAGAAGGUGGACAUGCAAGGUUUGACUCUUGAACAAGUCCUGACUAGGAUGGUCAAGGGUGGAGAUGUAUAUGAGGCGGAGCAACACCGGUCAUGGAAGCCGGUGCUACAAACUAUUCCGGAGGUGAACUAGUUAAUGAUGAGUCGUAGAUGGUGCCAAUUCUAUUUGAGUUUUUUCAUCCUCAGUUCUCCGGGUUUGAUAAUCUUUUCAUGCCUUGGAACCUCAGAAUUAGGUAGGAAAUUAUAAUUCAUGAUUUUUUAAAGGUUGUUGUACAUAGAGAAUAGGCUAUUUUGGAUUGUUGAUGUGCAUAUCCUGAAUUCUGAUUCUUGAAAUUUUUCUGUAAUUAAUAUUCAAACGUGUCGGUUUUAGAUUUUUCUUGUUCCUUGUCGAGAACUGGUUAUGUAUACUUUUAAAUCAAAUAGUAAAUUACUGUAUAUAUCAUGCUUCCACCCAAGUUCCAACACAAUUUUUUUUUCAAUUUGUAAAGAAAAUAUCAGAUCAAAAUAGGGGGCGCCUUUUUGCAAACGGGUGCAGAGUCUCAAUGGUUGUUAAUAUUAGAGUAAUUUGCUUAAAAGUUAAAACAAGCAUUCUUCAUUUUUAACUUGUUCACACCCACGAAAACGAAACAUGGAUGUUGUCGUUAUCCAAAAAAAUAAAUAAAUAAAGAAUG